GAGGAUUUGCAUGAUCCUGCUCCUCAGGAUAAUGCCACAGAACCACUUUUAACACAGACAUUGGUGGACAUUCCAACAGGUAUAAUUGAGUCUAAAGGGCCAUUUUACAAUUGUGUACUUCAUUGCAAAGCCUUUGAUUGGAGUGAGGCUGAAGGUGACCAUGUUGUGAUAGAGACCAGUAUCUACUAGUAGUUGCUAACUAAUGAUUUUCUUAAAUAAUAGAUGAGUAAAAACAAUAUUCAUCAACAAUUAUCUUUUUAGAUAACAACAUAUCAAGAUGUGAGGUUUCUUCUCAUGCCAGUGAUGCUCAAGGGGAGGAUGACAUGAAUGUAGAAAAUAUUCCUGCAGGUGAUAAUAAACUAUAGUCACAAUAGCAAAAGCCUCACUCCAAGGUUGUAUUAAUCUUAAAAUGAGAUGAUGAAAACAGUACAUACCGGUUCUUGUAUUGUAAUGAUAACAUGAUAAAAACCCAUGCAACUAAAAUGGAAAAUGACUUUUACCAACCAUUUGUCUAUACAUCAAUAAAUAAAAUAAAUACAGUCAAUAUCCUGGCACCUGUAAUUCAUAAAAACUGCAUAAUUUAAGGGAUUCAACACAAAUGUCCCCAAAUCUGUAAACUUGUUGAUGUAAAAUGUGCACACCUCAAAAUUGUGAAGUGAACAUGUCCCAAAUAAUUUCAAAUAUUUAUUAACUUCCUUUCCUUUUUGUCUCAUAGAUGUUCUUGUCUCUGGUAUGGAAACAUUUUGUGAUGAGAAUGGUAACUUGUUCAACUAUGUUCAAAAAAAACUUGAUGCCGCAGAGUCCCAUACUCGCAAAACAUGGCGCAGUGUUGGAAGAGAGCUGAAGGUUAAUCCUGAUACUUUAAACUUGAUAGAAGCUGACACAAGAAGUCCCACAGCAUGUCUACUUGAAGCAUUAAAAACUUCUCCAAAGGAGCCUACAAUGAGGAAAUUUGUUCAAGCCCUCAAAAAUUGUGCAAGAAAUGACAUUGCAAAAUACAUCUGCAGCAGGCCAUGGGCCUCAACAGAACAUUAA